UUUGCCUGCGGAAAGCCGUGGAUCGGCUGCAGCUGCGCUCCAUUCCGGAUGAGGGCCUGAGGGAGAGUCCGGCGUCAGACCCGCUAGGGGAAGUUGCGGCAGUUUUGAGCGAGUGCCUGGAUGCGAUCGGGCACAACUUCCGCUUCGAGAGCAGCUUUUUCCGGCUGGGGGCCAAGGAGGAGAAGCGGCUCAAGGUCCACUUCACUCACGCCCCCUACAUUGGGGACUACUUCGAAGAAUACACGGCUAGUGUGUAUGAGGCUGCACCUGCUGGGGACUUGGAGCUGGCAGAUUGUCAGACAAUUUCCUUGCAUGCUGAAACCACCGGACAUUUCCUGUCCACCCAGCCGGAGCUUCUGGACUUUGGAGUGUGCAUGAUGAGCAGCUGCUACCAGCUGAGCUUCCAGCUGUGCAAUGGUUCGAGUGGCACUCAAGCCAUAUCGGUGCGGGUUCCGGCGCCUCUUAAAAACGUGGUGCGCGCGGGGAGCGCAAUGGUCUACAUGCCGCCCAACAGCCAAAGAACCGUCUUGGUCAAGCUGGUUCCGCGAGAGCUGCUGUACGAAGAGGGCUGCCAGCAGUUCGACAAGAGCAACUCGAUACUGUCGUUCAACAUCCAUCUGUAUGUGGCUUCGCAGCCCUUGCAGGACUAUCCACCGGUCAAGGUGCCAGUCUAUGCGAUUGUGGGCAACUUUCAGGACUUGACGAUCGCUUGCAUCGCCACGCGACACAUGAGCAACUUCCUCAACACCGUUCUGAUCGAUGUGGGCGAUUGCUCCAUCUACGAGACCUUAUGGACGGAGAUCCAUUUGACCAACAACACGGCGCUGAUGCAAGUGUGCGCCUUCAUGGAUCUGCCCCAGGCGGUGGUUUUGGAGCCCAGUUUCGGGUUUUGCAAGCUGCUUCCUGGCCAGAGGAGGCAGUUCAAGGUCUACAUCAGUCCGGAAGUGCGCGAUUUCCCCAGCUACUCGAUCGGAAGCUUGCGCAACUGCAACUACUUCUUCAAGCUGAUGGUGGACACUGUGGCCAGCAUAGGGCAGGUUGCCACAGGACGGAGUGGGAAAGGCUCGCCCACUUCGCUGGACAUGGGGAAGCAGCUGGCGCUGAAUGACUUGGACAUGCUAGCAAGCAUGACUGGAAUCGUGCCCGACAUGAAGCGUCACUCCCAGUUCGCCGCCACCGACUCCAUGAAGCUCAGCAAGGAGUGCCAUGGGAGAUCGCGCCCCUCCUCUCCAGCAGUUUCCACCAUUUUGGCCAGCGAGCAGAGCGAACGCAGUCUGGGCGACGUGGACACCGUGCUCAACUUCCAGAACUUCCUCAUCGUGGAGACGACCAGUCGCAGAGAGGUGUGGCUCAAAGUGAACCUCAAGCGGCCCCUACUGGAGUUCUCCCACCAGUUUGUCGAGUUUCCGGACACGACGCCGGGCUCCUACUCCACAAUGGAGGUCACUUUGAGCGCCUUGGAGCGCGAGCUCGAGACGACCUGUCGGGAUAAGAAGUCGGCCUUAAUGUACAGGGCGCGGUUUAGCAUCAGUGGCGACUCCACGGAGAUUCUGGUGCAGCCCAGUUGCGGCGUUCUGGAGGGAGGAGAGUCGCUGAAAAUCACGCUAGUGGCCCAGCCGCAGAUUUCUAAGGAAAUCGUCGAGCACACUGCUGGGCUGCUGAAAAGCGCCCCGCCAGAGCCCCUAACAGAUGGCGCUGGGAAGCGGCAGGGGGCCAAGAAGAGUAAACCGGCCACGGGCAAGAAGCCGGAUAAAAAAGCAAAAGCGCAAAAAGUCGCAGAGGGCGCAGAGCUCAGCGCCCAGCAUCUGUACCCUGCCGAGAUGGCUUAUUGGCGCAGUCUCGAGCCCUACCACAUAAGGGCCAGCUUCACCUGCACCAUCGACUACGAACCCUCCAAAGGGCACAAAAAGCGCGACAAACUGCAGUUGGACGCGAUUUGCAAAGUGGUGCGGCCCGACUUCAUCGCCGAUCUGAGCCAGCAACGAAUCGCCUUUGGGAAGUGCCUGAUUGGAACGGGCGCAACCAGGACGAUCACCAUCAGGAACCUCACCGACCGGAAUAUCAAGCCUAGAGUGUCCCUGCUGAGCCCUGCGGGCGGCUUUUUCGCGUCCUGCAUGCGCGAGUUGCCGCCGGGGGCCUGCGGCAAGCUGCGCCUCUGCUUCAGACCCACAGUGCCUCAUAAGGUGACAGAGUUUAUGGAAAUUCGCUCCAACGCCACCUUGGUUCCCCUGGUGCUGUCCGGCGAGGGAGUUUUGCCAGUGAUUAAAAUAACGCCCGCCUAUGGAGUGUUUCGGGUGGAAACCAAGCGGUCCAAGCUGAAGGAAGUGCACUUGAAGAUCGAAAACGCUUCUGAAGCCCCUGCCAGUGUGCAGUUGGAAAAGCUGUUUGAGAUUGAAGGACUGGCCAACAAAGAGCAUAAGGAGAAGACCUCGGAGGGUCUCACUGAAAAAGAACUGGAGACAGUGGAAAAGUGCUUCAGCAAAGUGACAGGUCAGAGCCACUUUGCGUUCAAGUCUGGAGAUGGAGCUUUGAAUAUCCCGCCCACUUCCAGCAGCUCGGUGACAAUCCAGUGCGGAGACCCCGAGCUUCUGGCAAAAACCCAGGAGGCGAAACACUCCAAAAGGGGCCACAAGGACGGGCACACCGUGGCCGCUGAAAAUGAAGGUAGGGAAGAGAAGCAAUGCAUUGUGCAGUAUAAUCUUCGCGUAGGAACGGCUUAUAUUCAAAGCGCGGUUGUCGUAUGUUCAAUUAAAAACUAGAGAUGC